AUGCAACCCUUCUCGAACGACUACGGUGGAGGAUACGGUGACAAUGGUUACGACCAGCAACCCCAGCAAGAAAUCCCGAUGCGUACGCAGGGUGUCGCACGGCCAAUGGUUGACCCAGAGGCCAUGGGUGAGGUAGACCCUACACUGUACCCGCAGGCGAAGGAAUCGACACACAAGAUACGGGGCAAAUCGGACAUUCUGGAGAUGUUGUUCGGAUCCGUCGACCAGGAACUGCUGCCAGUGAAGACGUUCUACUUCUUCUUCUACUCCGCCUUCGGUUCGCUGUUCCCGCUGAUGGGUGUCUACUUCAAGCAGAUGGGCAUGAAUCCCGGCCAGUGUGGACUGCUGAUCGGUACGCGUCCAUUCGUCGAGUUCCUAUCGGCACCGUUCUGGGGAAGUUACGCGGAUCGUUGUAAAAAAGGCAAAAUGCUUCUGCUGGCCUCGCUUGCGGCAUGGAUCAUCUUUACGCUACCGCUCGGUUUUAUUCAACCACCGGCGACGAGCUGUAUCGAGCGAAAGAAUGCGACCGAUUUCGAGCUCCGAACACCGCAGGUACCGCGCAUUUUGAAACGCUCCAUCGACGAGAGCAUGCUGGAGGAGAUAAGCUUCGGUAAAUAUGCCACGGAUAGUGACAGUUCCUUCACCAGGGUGGAACGGGCAGCGCGUCCAGUUGCAGCCGCGGGAGUAUCGCCGCUCGAUGUGAGUUACGCCAACAACUUCAACGAGAAGCUGCACCGCGACUGGGUAUCGCCACUGUUCUCCUCAAUCGUUUACCGAACGGCGGAUAUUCAAAAAGCCUUCUUCCUACUGCUGCUGCUAGUCAUUAUUGGAGAGUUCUUUAGCGCCCCGGCCAUCACGUUGGCGGAUUCCGCCGUCAUCACGAUCCUCGGAGAAGAUGCCGAUCGGUACGGUCAUCAGCGAAUGUUCGGAUCGCUGGGUUGGGGAUUGGCGAUGUUCUUCGUUGGCAUUGCGUUGGAUCACUCGACCGCGUUCCCGGACCAUCCUUGCGGUCCGGAAAAGCAGGAAAAGAACUACACCAUCUGCUUCGCAACUUUCUCGGUACUGAUGGGUGCGGCCUUGAUUUCCGCAACACAAAUCCAAUUCAAAUAUGAUUAUUCGGAACCCCAAGAACCCGUGCAGGUGGAGAAGGUACCACAAGAACCGACCCACGAGGAACAAAUGCAAGCCCAGCUGGCCCAACAGUUGCAGUUACCCUCGCUGGCGGCCUCUGGCACUGGAAUGGCCAGUGCAGCACCACCUCCAGCAGCACUUGGAGCACAGACCAAAAUGUUUGCCCAAACGACUCGCGAAAUGCCCGAAUGGGUGACGGUGCUGAAACAGUUUAAGAAUCUCAAGUGCGCCUCGUUCCUGUUCGUGGCAUGGUUUAUGGGUUUCGGCAUUGGGCUCAUCUUCACGUUCCUGUUUUGGCAUCUGCAAGAUUACGGUGGAUCUCCCACGCUGUUCGGUGUCGCUUCGGUCAUCAAUCAUAUCUCGGAGAUCUUCGCCUACUUCUUCAGCUUCCGUCUGAUCACACAGAUUGGCCACGUGAAGGUACUGUGUCUUGGGCUGGUUGGUAAUAUUCUUCGCUUCCUGUACAUCUCCUAUCUGAAGAAUCCGUGGUGGGUGUUGCCGUUCGAGUUUAUGCAAGGUAUUACUCAUGCUGCAGUUUGGGCUGCCUGUUGUUCCUACAUCGCGCACAACACACCACAACACUUACGAUCAUCGGCGCAAGGAGUACUGCAGGGACUGCACCAUGGACUGGGUAGAGGCUGUGGUGCCGUCAUUGGCGGUAUGUUCGUCACCUACUUCGGCACAACGGCCACCUUCCGUGGUUAUGGCGUGAUCUGCAUUCUGGUGCUGGCCGCAUUUGUGUUCAUCAACUUCUACCGCAAGGAUGAAGGUUUCAUCUCGGAAAUUCCAACCACGGAGGAUCCGCAUCAGGUCGCCGAGGAGACAGCUCAUCUGGCACCGCACGGUGUCCCGAGCAAUCCUAUACCACGAGCCCUCUCCAGCACGCGGCUGAACGAGAUCGGUCAGCAGAACGUGGACAAUGGCUACGGCACCUAUCAGACGACCGGUGGUGCUUUGGAUGUGCCUGGCGGUGCUCCUAAGAACCCGUUCGGUGCUCCGCAGGGUAACGUAUAUGGCGGUAACCAGUACUAGAAAUAGCGCAACUACGACUAACUUUCAACCGAAGAGGCGAGUCCGUUGACUGAAUCAGGUACACGCGUGUCAUCGGUGGUAAAAUUGAUGUCUACAAGAGCAAAACACACUGAAUGUGAAUGUUACAAAUAUGAACUACUUCUCCUAAAGAUACUGAGCGACUAGAGUGUCAAACCCCCUCCCAAUGUACAUGAGCUCAAGCAAAAGCGCCAUUCAGCCAUUCCGGCCCAUACGCCGCCGCCGUCGACGACUACUUGGAAGUGAAACGGUGAGGCGUACGAUCGGUGUACAAGAGACGCGCGGGCACCAUUAGCCAUAAGCCUUGGUCAUGGUUGUUAGCUACUAGUUCUUAGACAUCAGUUAAACCAGUGAAGAGAUCCCAACCCCCAUAGAGAACACUCGUUUAAUGAACCCACCAUCUAAGAAACACCCAAGUAACCGCCACCAGCUGUCAUUUUUCUUUCUCGCGAAUCACUAUCAGCAUAUGUACUGCAAAUACUGUAUCCCUUGCCCGUCUUAGAGUAAGCGUUUCCAGGGUCAAAACUUGGCGUUAAGCAAUUGUCAGUACACGGGCUCCAUGCGUCUUUCGACUCGUUGUUGUAUUCGAUCUCGUUUUACGUAUCGCCUUUUCCUGUUCCUCUAGAAAGAAGCGGUACUGUACGCUUGUUAUGAAGUAGCUCGACAGCGACAUUACGAAUGCAUUAGUACUAUAAUCUCUCUAUCUAUCACCGCACAUUCUAGCGGUUCUGGUGCACGGUGUGUCCGUUUAUCUCAUACGUUAAGCAGGCGGGCCAUAUGUACUAUCUACUUUAAUAUCGACGAUCUACUGCAGAAAUCUCAAGUAACGGAUAGUAACGGCAGCAUAAUACGCAAUGGCAACAAAAAAAAACCCACGUUCGAUCUUUAGGGAAAGUUUACAUUUACAAAAACAAAAAACUGUUGAAAUGUCUAGUCUAGUCUUGUAGUCUAGUGUACUGAAGGAACAAAUCGGUUCUAGAUUACGCGACAAAGUAGUAUAAUAGGUAUUGAUAUAUACAUUAUUGGAUGUGGUUGUACAACUCUCCCUCACUCUCCCGUUUGUCUGUUGGUGUGUUUUGCUGUACGUGUGUUAACAAGUGUUGGAUCCCCUGUGCACGUGUGUACGAAAUGAGUGAAAUGGUCAGGUCCCAGUAACGCAAAGGACAAGCAGUAUAUCAUACCCUCUAUCGAUUCCAACAACACAUUGAACAGGUAUCGAAUAAUUCUUCAUUUAAACUAAAGCAAAACAAAAAUAUUACAUGCACACAUACACACAAAAACUGCAUACAGUAGGGUAGUAUAAAACGAAACCAGAAGAAUCGAAACAUUUGACGCAAAAACCAUACCAUGGCACAACGAAUUUUGAUCUCAUUUGCAUACCCAUGUACACCGGUGAAGCUUGGUCCGGUUUCGUUUGUGGCUUCAUCCGUUCCGUUACUCGUGGCUUCGUUUGAGUUUCACCGCCCAAAACACUUCGAGCAAUGCGAUACCGGCGAGUGGUAACGAACACAAAAUGGAUGAACAAACAGAACAAUCUUAUAUAGUAUAAAGUAUAAUAUGGUGGCAAUUUUUACGACGACGAACGUAAACAACACACGCAAAAGCUUUAUUAUCUCUAGCGAGACAUCAGUGCGCAUAUCAGUUUCCAACCUUAUACGUGAAUGGUAUUUUUAUUGAGAGAAGUAUAUUUAAUACCAAACUGGCAGCAUAUUGAAUUUGCCAACCGGCUGGCACGACAAACGCAUUUGGGGGUUUAUCGAUCGGAUGCAACCGGCGUACCUGGGUGACACGAUAUGGAGGUGUGCAUUCGAUCUUGCGCUAUCUUACAGAGAGUAUUUACUAAGCGUAUAUAGCAGCAGAAACAAAUAUAUAUAUACACACACACACACUCACAAAUAUUAUAAUGAAAAUAUUGCACUUACGGUAAGAACGGCGAUGUCAGGGUGAGAAAUCCAAACUCAGUAACAUCAUACAUUUACAAUCUGUUUGUAGAUUCCGUUAGGAUCAGUUACUGUUUUAACACUGGAACGUAGUCCAGGCACGGCAGUGCAAGUAUUUAUGUGACAGAAGUAUUAAAAGUAAACCAAAAGCGACACGUUAUUUAUUUACAUAAGAAUCGGCGCAUUAGUUCCUGUUCCCCUCUGUUUACCUUAGCCUAAUCGUAUCCUCAUAGCUGUUGUUUUCCUUAACCGACUGUAAGCGAACCUGAGCAAAGGCCGGUAGAGAAAAAAAAACCCAAAUAUUAAUAUCGAUCUACUACUCUAAACACUGAUAUUAAACAAUCAAACAGAGUAACAAGUUUGCCAUUCCAGCGCAUAACAUGCCCAUGAUCGAUGUACAGCACCUGGAAGAGGAACUGCAUGUAAGAACGACCCACAAAUGCACACAUACAAGUAUUGUAAGGAAUGCACCGCUAAAGAAAUUAUGCUGUAAAGAUAUCUCUAACUGCGUAAGCAAACUCACCAUCAUGGGCAAAUAAAGACAAGCG